AACCCCGCGGCCAGUGACUGGGCUGAAGGUGAAGCCGGGCGAUAUGGCGUUAUGCGCUCCGGGCGCCUUUCUGACCCACCGUCAAAAGGUGCUGCGGCUCUACAAGCGGGCGCUUCGCCACCUCGAGUCCUGGGUAAUCCACAGGGAUGACUAUCGAUUCAAAGCUUGUUUACUCAGAGCUCGGUUUGAAAAUCAUAAAAAUGAAACCGAUAUGGUAAAGGCCACCAAACUGCUUAUGCAGGGUGAGGAAGAAUUUUGGGCUAAUCAGCAUCCUCAGCCAUAUAUUUUCCCUGAUUCUCCUGGUGGUACUUCCUUUGAAAGAUAUGAGUGUUACAAGGUUCCCGAGUGGUGCUUAGACUACUGGCACCCCUCUGAGAAGGCUAUGUACCCCGAUUACUUUGCCAAGAGGGAGAAAUGGAAGAAACUGCGCUUGGAGAGUUGGGAACGUGAGGUUCAGCAAUUGAAGGAGGAAACUCCCCCUGAUGGUCCUAAGACUGAAGCUCUGCCCCCAGCCCGAAAGGAAGGUCAUUUGCCUCCACUGUGGUGGCAUAUUGUCACUAGGCCCCGAGAGCGCCCCUCAGAGUAACACAAACACACAAAUUAAACUUUCAAGUGUGUAUUUUGAAUAUGUAGAUACACAUAUACUUGACAUAAUAAAGUUAUUAAACUAA